AUGUCUCCGCAAGAUUUUAUUGAAGCAAACUCGCUUUCUGGUCUGAUUCAGCUUGCUGGAAACCCUCCGAAGUAUCCACGAAAUCCAACCGAGCAGAAAAAGGCCAACCUAGUUCUCUAUAUCGCUAGAGUACCUGGUAGUAAUGAUAUCAUUCUUACCACCUUGAAACCACAACUCAAGAAUGUCACAUCCGAAGAUGUCGCAAAUUCCUUUUACUACUUGCAUCUAAACUCGGAUGAGGAUGCCCAACUCCUACCCGAGGAGCAGCCGGUUCCUUCCCGGGCACUGUCUAAGAAGACUCUACCCCGCAAACCUCUACCCGAUGGAUCGAGGGCCCAGUCUUUGGAUAUUGACAGGCAAAGUGUAUUAAACUUAGAGCGCCUACGAUACCAAGCACCUGCGCUAGAUAUCCAGAAGGAUACUUCGGGACACGAUGAUGUUGUGCCCCCGCGUGACAACGUUGCCAAUACGCCAAUAGUAGCAGAAGCAGGUAGUUCUCGGCGGGUCGUAGGUCGGCAUCCUUCUAUGGCGCGAUCGAAUACCGUCAACAGAAAGCCUCUCACGAAAAUAAUGCCUCAAAACUCGAUAUUCACUCCAGAGUCUUCUCAGACUGGUGGUCCUAUUCACAAUGAUCUGGAAACAUCACACCGGCCUCAAAGUAGCCAUACGAUGUUUGAAAGACCCAAACCAGUUGAUGCUUCUGCGAAGGCAUUUUCGAUAACUAUCAUUCGACGAGAUCCAACCUCGGGCAGCCAAUGGAAUGUUGGUAUAGUUGAAGGGAAAUCAAAUCCUCCUACUGUAGGGAUGACGGCAACUAAAAAACCUUACUAUGACAUUUCUGUACAUAUCACAACGCCAGGCUAUACCUAUUUUCGCAAUCAUACUCACCCGAUAGGCAAUAACAAGCUCGGUGGUACAGCUCAAACUCGGGAGUCACAAGGAGCUAGAUUCCAGCCCUCCGGAAAUGAAAUCUCCACACCAGUGACGCAAAAGGCUGGGGUCUCCGGAUCUGGGUUCCACAGUCAAAUAUCGAUGGAGUGGGCUAGUUCAUGGAAUCAAACUUUUAAACAACACAGAAGGGCAAUAUCUGAUUUCUCGACAAAUCACAGCAGAAAUAACAGCGGUAGCUCGGAAGGUCCGCAGGAAUCUGAUCCAGAAAAUCGGUCCGCGGAUGGGACCGAAAAUUCUCGCGCCAAGGGUUACACAUUUCUAAGUCCUUGGGGAGGGACCUGCACUUUCUCCACUGGUGGCGCUGGCCGGUCCUUACGUUGUCUACACAAGCUACCAGCCCCAGUCUCCGCAGAUUCCACCACCUCUUCGUCAAGCUCUGUAACUGUGAGCGAACUUCGCUUCAAUUUACCAAGUUCAGAUUUAUUCGAUAAAGAGAAGGUGGACUUGGCUGCAGCUCAAGUCAAGAGUGGGUCGAAUAAGCUCACACGAAAACUAGGAAGUUUCCGUAAAAGACUAUCUAAGUCUAGCCCUCACCAUCCAUCUGAAACUCAGCCGCAUCAAACGUCUCAUGCUAUCCCAUACUCAAGUGAUGGGGUAGACCUUUCUCAUCUACCACCUAGACCUUCCUCAAUUAGCUCGUCAUUUGAAGAAGAUUCUCCGCCCUUGACACAAAGACUAAAUAACCUCUUAGACGAGUUGACAAUCACGAACGAUAAUGAAGACCGGCUGGAUCUUAGUAUUGGACAGGAAAAGGCCGGUGGAGGGAAUAGAGGCAAACGUGCAAAACUUGGGAAACUUAUCAUCCAUAAUGAAGGCUUGAAAAUGUUAGAUCUGAUCAUAGCGGCCAACAUUGGCGUUUGGUGGACUGUUUGGAAUCCAAACUAG